GCCACAUCGACGGGCCCGUCCGCAACGUCCUACGUCCUUCCACUCAGCUGGUUGUCGCUGACCAUGGCCAGGUGCGGGCCAAUGAACACAAGCCAUGUCUUCCCCAGCAUGCAUAGCCUUCGCAUCGAAGUGUCCCCGAAUGGGCUACAGUGGUAUCCGGCACCGCGUCCACUCGCACUCUUCGAGCAGGUCCAGUUCACAAGCAUGGCGCCGUUGGUGGCUUCGAUCUCCACGCCCCGCUGGAUCACCCUCCGCGGUGUAGGUUUUCCGAGAUCUAUCGGCCUCAAGAUCACUGUCCAAAUUGGAGACUUCUUUCGGCAGGCUCUUCGCAUCAACAGUACCACCUUGAGAUUCCGUUCACCUCAGUAUGCUGCUGCGGUGAAUGCAUCCAUCCUGGUAUCCUUCGGCGGUUCACCUGCGAAAGACACGGGCUUCUUUCUGAGGGCUGCGUCCAUGGUCAUUCCGCUGCGCGUUCCGCUCACCAGUCCUGGCCUCAACAUGAGGGCUUCUGAUUCUGGCGUCGCACUUUCUGAUGCCAUCGUCCCAGAAGAUCCACCGGAGGAACAAGACAUGUGCGAGCUGUACGCGUCGCUGCAGGACCAGAUCAACACCUUGAGGAAUACGGUGAAUGCCAUGAAAGUAGCGCAGCUGAGCGUGCGGAUUGGCAGCUCCUUCCCAGGCUGCCCAGCCGACUGUGAGGACCAGAACUUCAGCUUGACGAACGGGACUCUGGACACCUGGUUCUACAGUCAGCCAGGCAUCUGUGCUGCCUCCGAGCGCAGAGCAGGCUUGAUGCCCAUCCCCACACAAUGCGCAAACACAUACUCCUUGCUCAAUGGUGAAGGAACAGUGCGGCUGGAGGCACUGCAAAGUAGGCUCAUCUUCGAGGAGCGGCCUCUCGGCGGCUUCCUUCUGGCUUCCGUGUGGUCUCCGCGGCUGCUGGAUGCACAGCCUACCGCCCUUGGUUCCGAGGCAUUUCCAGUGCGCCUGCUGCCGCGGCUAGGAAUCUCCUCCGUCACUCCAGACUCUGGGCCCGUCACGGGAGGAACUCUGAUAGCGGUGGUUGGCAACGGCUUCUCGCAGCAGGGGCGUCUGUCAUGGCCUCAGCACAGCUCACCUGACGACAAUCUUUACAUGCCAGCUCGCUACUACAACGAGAGCCUGAUCUACUGUACCACUCCAGCUUACCAUCCAGCAGGAGUUUCCAAGCUGAAGGUGGCCAGUUGGCUACAUGAGCUCUCGGUGACGUCCGUCGACUUCACGUUCUACCCGAAGUGGACCUUUUCGCUGCAGCAGGAGGCUGCUUGCUUCUCGGGAGACCUUGGGGACAGCGUCGUGCUCUACGCGCGGGAGGCAGAGUUCCUGCAGUGGCAGUACUCGGUGUAUGAUGCUCUGUGCCUCUUCACCGCAGUUGGGCCGCCAAUGGGUGUCUUCAACACGAAGGCUGAACAGAUGCACGCAAAGAAGCACGAAGAGCCUGAUUGGACGGAGACGAUGAAUGUGUCCAUAUCCUUGGACGGGAAAGCCACAGUCAGUGAUGUUCUUGGCGGGUACACGACCCGCGCAGAUUUGAGGGCUGUUGAAGUGCAAAUGCUCCACUGUUUCGUCUUCGAAGCCUUCAGUGUGCGACAGGAGUUGAUGUGGCGCAACCUGGUGCAGGAGAUGGAUGCUUGCUCGCCCAUCCCUGACGUUCAGUGGACGCAUCAGUGGCAGGAUGUUCGCCAGCCAUACUGCGCAGAUGCAGGUGCUCCCAUGAACUGGAGCGGGCCCUUGGCCAUCAACGCGGCGCAGUGGCUUUCGGACAGCGAAAUCCAAUGCACCCUCCCGGCCUUACCAAUGACGAUGAGGGGGAACCUGACGACGAACCGGACGGUGAUGGCGGUGCUUGCAGCCAAGAGCAGCACUGGCUACCAGACCCAGGUCAGCUCGUUGCCAGACGUUCAUCUACUUCCGCCUGUGAAGAUUCUACGGGUCAUGGCGGUUGUGGAGCGCAAUGACACAAGCAGCGUGCCCCCGCUAUACCUGAGAGUGAUGGGCGUGCCAGAACCUGAGUUCCUACAGCUGCGGUGUCGUCUGCAGUGGCUCUUCCCUGGUCUGAAGGACCGGAAGCUAGAGCGUGGGGGCGGGCUGAAGCAUGACCUUUUCGAGCAGGAGCGGUUGCUGACAGCGUUUGUCGUGAACGAAACAGAGGUGGUCUGCGAAGUGCCGCAGUAUCUGAGACUUGGUUGCACAAUGCUGUAUCUGAAUGAGCCGCCGGGAGCUUGGCAUUGCAACGGGGCUUCCCUGUCCUUCUCCAUUGAUGGUACGGUGUGGUCGAACUCGCUGCCAGUGUUCUUCAUGAGACAGGUUCGUCUGCACCUCUCGGGCCCCGCCGUGCUUCCGCCUUUCACACCCAUCUCGUUGAAUGUGACGACAACUGUCGAGUCACUCCAGCAGUACAAGGCCCGGAAGCACCUGAACUUGCUGAGAUCACUGAAGGGAAUGAAAGGUGCUUCAGCGAGCGACAGAGGUCUGGUGCGACUUUGGGGUCCCAGCUUUGGCUACGGUGACUCUCGAUCCAAACGUCUUGCCAGGACCAUGAAGCAGAGCAGUUGUGCAAGAAUGCAGAGCAUGGACCCCGAAUUGGCGCAAGCUGUGGCAGAGAUCCAACUGCGUGUGGAUACGGGAUGGCUUUCCAAAGAGGAAGCCCACAAGCUGAAGACCCUGCUGAAGAUGGGCCAGCAGAUAGAGCGAAGCAAGAAAGCGACGCAAUGGACGCACAACGCAGAUGCAUUGCUCAAAGAAUACCUCCUAGCGAGGGAGGAGCAAACCCCGUUGCGAAAGCUUUUGAACGCGAUAGGUUAUUCCUGGCUUCAGAAGAAGCUGAAGGCUGCAGAUGCUAAAAGAGAUGCGCAGGUCAAUACAAGCCUGUUUGUUUACAUUGUGGAGUCAGAUUAUUUCGAAUCUGCGAUGGGGCUGGUGAUGCUGGCAAAUGCAGUGAUGAUCGGAUUUCAGGUGUCCAGCAGGGAGGAGGAUACGGAAAGCUCGGACAUCUACUACAUCUUGGACUUUGUGUUCACAAUCAUCUUUCUUGUUGAGCUGAUCUUGCGGUACCUGUGUGAAGGAUGGAGAUGGUGGUUUCGGAGUUCCAACAUCUUCGACGUUGUGGUCGUCUUGGCGACGAAUGUCAUUCCGGUUUGGAUCCUGGUUCCGCUGGGCAUCGACCCUGCUUUGGUUCGACCUUUUGCAGUCCUCCGUCUCUUCCGUCUGGUCAAGCUGCUGAAGCUGAUACGCCGAUACCGGAGCCUAAGAACUUUGUGGAUCCUUUUCCAAGGCAUUCUGGGAAGUGGCAAGAUUCUGCUCUAUACCAUCAUUGUUAUGGGCACCACACUGUUCAUCUGGGCUGUGCUGGCUGUCGUUUUGAUAGGCAAGGACCCUAGGACGAGAGACCAUCCAGAUGUGCAGCUGUAUUUCACGAACGUGCCAGAUGCUGUUUUCACGUUAUUCCAGAUAGUGACAAUGGACAGCUGGACAGCCAUCUCGCGGCCGAUUGGAGAGCUGAACCCGAUUGCCGCUUUCGUGAUUGGUGCUAACAUCGUGGUGGUAGAGAUUUGCCUGCUAAAUCUGGUUACGGCUACCAUCGUGGACGCGGCGUUCAAGAGACAGCAGGAUGACCACGAAAUGGUAGCGCGGGAGCUCAAGAUAAAGAGCGACAGGCUCAUCGAAGAAGUCCGGACCCUCUUCAUGGAGAUGGACAAGAGCGGAACUGGCAGCCUCACCUAUGACGAGUACAUGGAUGCUGUCAGCGACAAUCCUCAGAUCCAAACGAAAUUCACCACGCUGGAGAUCGAGGAUGCUGAGGAGUUUAGUUUCCAACCAACCUUCAAAAACCAACCUCUCCACAUGCUCUUAGCCAUGCAGUGCGGCAUAGAGCUGUGGGACCUCAUCGAUCUGGGCACAGGCACCAUUGAGGUGGACCAGUUCGCGCAGGCCCUGCGGAUCAUUGCCGGUGAGGUUAAGGCAAAGGAUUUGUUCACCAUCAACCGAAGGGUGGGAAACUGCCUAAGACGCCUGGAAACAGCAGCGCGCGAAAUGGAGCACCAGGCUCAGGUGGCGGAAGGGCUGCAGAGUGAGGUUCACGCUGUCACACGGCAGCUCACAAAGUCCACAACAAACCUUGUGCACUUCAUGCACAACGUUUCCCGAUGCGUGCCGCGGGGUAGGGUACUGCUUCCAGCCGCGCUUGCGCAGCAACGGAGAGCAGCCAUUCUCGACAAGGUGAAGCCCAUCCUUGGGCCGAAUAUGGGCGAGGUCUCCCGGCUCUUCUUCUCCCACCGUGGAAAGCGAGCACCGCAGAAGCAGCAUGUCAACAUCAUUGGAGCUAGCCGAAAGGUGGAGGAUGAUUUAGACUUGGAGUGA